GCGCUCGGCACUGUGGGAGAAGGAAGGAUCGACGGAGGGAGGGAGGAUCCCGCCUCCUUAGGAAGCCGCCGGAGGCGAGAGAGGGACCGGCAGUGACAUCAGCGUCCCCCUCUUCCUCCGGCGAGCUCUACUGCGCAGUUCGGCUCUCCAGGACGCCUGCGUGGAUCGCUGCCUAAAAGUCCCUCCCGCAUGGUGGAUCGGCGCCUAGUCAUCGGGCUUGGCGCAAGAGGAGCGCAAUGGCCGCGGAGGCGCUGGCGUGGCUAGCACUGCCCCUGGGCCUCUACGCCUUGCUCUACUACAAUUUUCUCAAGGGGGCCAAGUGCAGGAACGAGACCAGCCUGCGGGGCAAGACGGUGCUGAUCACAGGUGGAAACACGGGGAUUGGGCAGGCGACUGCACUAGAUCUGGCCCGGAGAGGAGCCCGGGUAAUCCUGGCUUGCCGCGACCGAGCACGAGCAGAAGCAGCUGUCUAUGAUAUCAGGAGGGAAAGUGGGAACAAUGAGGUUCUCUUCAUGAGCCUGGACCUGGCGAGCUUCAAAUCGGUGCGAGGUUUUGCAGAGGCUUUCUUGAAAUCCGAGCCCCGCCUGGACAUUCUCAUCAACAAUGCAGGUCUCUGGGCUGGAGGCAGAAGCGAGGACGGGUUGAAUUUGGCAUUCCAGGUUAAUCACUUGAGUCAUUUCCUUCUGACUCAUCUCCUCUUGGGCCGGCUAAAACACUGUGCGCCCAGCCGUGUGGUGGUGGUGGCUUCCAGUGCCCAUCGAUCUGGGAAGAUUGAUUUCCAGAACAUCCACAAGCCGGUGGAUGGUCACUUGCAAGCAUUCCAUUCCUACUGCAACAGCAAACUGGCCAAUAUCCUGUAUGUCCAGGAGCUGGCCAGCCGACUGGAAGGGACUGACGUGACCUGCUAUGCACUUCAUCCAGGAGUUGUUAAUACGGCGUUCUUCCGCUACUUGCCUGUCUGGCUGAAGCCCCUUUUCCUUCCUUUCUCCUGGCUCUUAUUCCGAGACGAGACCGACGGAGCUCAGACCUCCAUCUACUGCGCCACUCAGGAAGGCAUAGAGAUGUACAGUGGGCGCUAUUUUGCCGACUGCUGGCCGCUGGAGCCCAAACCGCAUGCCCGCGAUGCUGCUGUGGCCCAGAAGCUUUGGGAAGCCAGCGAGAAGAUGGUGGGACUAGCUGCUUAGGCCAUUCUGUGCUUGGUGAGGGGUGUAUCUGCAUGGAAUAGAACUGGGGAGAUUUGAGAGGAGGACUUUGCUAAAGCCCUGAAAUCGGGGUGGGGGGAGGCUUUAUGUCGAAUAGCGGUAUCACACUGCAGGGUUCUAAAGAGAAAAUAACACUUCCAAUUCAGUGCUUCUCACUUUCCUAAGCACGAGAUUGAGGCUUCUUGGAAUGAUAUCUGACAAAUGCACGGGGCACUGGUGGUUCCCUAGGUGGUUAGAGAAAGAUCCCUCUUGCUCUCUGGAAAUGCUGGUGUCUUGCUGGUUCUGGGAGCACUUCUUUUUUUCUGCUUGCUGUAGUUGAUCUGCAACAAGGUCUUGGGUUUUGGAGAAACGUAAAACUGGAGACAACGACAAGAAAGUUUUGUAAUAAACCUUAUGGACUUCUUGGUCUUUUUCCUCCA